CCUGCUGCCUGUGCGCGCUGCCCGAGUCCGAGCUGUCGCUUUAAGACAGCGAUAGCUUUGUGUCUCAUUAAUUCAAUGUACAGCGACGCGUUAGCGGAGAAACAUUAUUAGACUGCCCUGCGCGCACAGAGAGGAGAGGAGGGGGAGCUGAACGGAGCUGUGCGCGGUGACAGAGCCGGGUUUAAAGCGACAAAGGAAGAAGAAAAAACACCUCAAGUUGUUACUGCCGCUAAAGAAAUAAAGAUGAAAACAUCCUGAGGAUGGGCUGCACACGUUUGGAUUAAAAGUCUGCAUAAUCUCGCACUUGAAGGAGGAUUUUCACCACCAACUGGAGUAAAGGAAAAAAAAAUAGAUCCGAUCAAAGGAGGCGGACAGAAGAUCUGAAAGCAUGUCGUCAGAAAAGCACGGGCUCGAUGACUCUGGCCGUCAGACCAUGCAGCCUCCUCCGUACCUGCCCGGCCCACAGGACCCCAACAUGCCCCAGCACCCCAACAUGCCUCCCGCGCCGGGCACCCAGCCCAACUACCCUCCUCCGCCUCCUCCUCCGGGUUCAGAGGGAUACCUCCAAGAAACUCAGUUCCAGUGUGCCCCGAUGGGGCCUCCGGGAGCCCCGCAGGGCUACACUGUCCAGACCCAGGCUCCGGGAGGCACCAUGGCGCACCCUCCUGUGGGAUACCUCCACCCGGGCUACCCGCUUCAGCUGCAGCCGUGCACAGCUUACGUUCCCGUCUACCCCAUGGCAUCGGGUCAGCCCUACAUGCCGGCUGGAGGAACUCACCCGGGGAUCCCACCGGGCCAGAUUCACCCCAUGCAAAUGCCACCGAGCAUCACCCUAAUGGACCGCCGACCACCGCACGACUACCUGCCCAUUGCCGUGCUCACCACUGUCUGCUGCUUCUGGCCAACAGGCAUCAUUGCGAUCAUCAAAGCAGUGCAGGUGCGUACGGCGAUAGCCAGAGGGGACAUGGUGACGGCGGAAAUAGCCUCCCGCGAGGCGCGCAACUUCUCCUUCAUCAGCCUGGCGGUUGGCAUCGCCUCCAUUGUGCUGUGCACCAUCCUCACCGUGGUAGUCAUCAUAGCAUCGCAGCACCAUGAUGACGACUGGGAGCCGUAACUCUACUAUUAAGUCCUGCUGGGAAAUCAUGGCCUGUAUUAGCUAGCUAACUCUCAAUCAUUAUGAGGAUGUAGAAGCAUUAAAAAACUGCUGCUGGCCCUCUGCAUACAGCCACACACACACACAGCUCUGACCUAACCUGCCGCCAUCACACACUCACAACCAACCACAGCUGUCGUCCAAAUGCAAGCAGCUGUCAAACGAGGCCCAGCUUUGCUGUUAUCACAGCGGCCGCUUAAUAUUUACACCCAGAUAUGAGCUGCAGGAGGGAAACAAAGCUCCUUGCAUUAACAAUUCAUGUGAUGCUGAUUAAUUUAUACGUCCUUCACUGAUGUGUUUGGAUGAGAGGAUAGGCCGCUGUGUGUGUGUUACAUAUUUUAGCAGCAAAAUUGACCAAGUGGCGACCCCCACGGUUGAUGAAAUUUCAGACGCCUCAUUUAAAAAAAAAAAGAAGGUUUAUUUAGCAUAUUUAAGUCUCGCUGGUGCAGAUAUACAUGUGUUCUCUUCUUUAUGCGUGCCAUGUGGAAGCAGUGUUGAUUUGCAGUGUAGAAGUGUCAGAGGGGAUAGUCGAUGUACAUUUAUAACAUGCCAAAUGCAGACUGGACUGACCAAUCAGAGUAUAUAUUUCUGUUUAUGUAUUAUAUCGACACUUAUCUGUUUAAAAUGAUACUAUAUGAACUAUGUGUUAUUUAUUUAUAAUCUGAAAUUUAUUCAUUUAUCCAGUAUUUACCCAUGCAUCGACUUUGUCUGCUAUAAUUUGCAGUAUAUCGCUGUUUUAUUGAAUUUGUCGGACUGAUUGAAUUGGCCUGAAUUUGAUCUCUUACCACUAUGAUAUUGCACUUUGUAGUAACAGGACGAGAUGAUGCAGCUGCUUACAUUUAUAGUUUUUACAGUGCAUGAAUAUAAAUCUAAGCUAAUGGGCUUUUAGUGCAAAAAAAAAAAAUGCUGCUGCUCUUGGGAACAUUUCCCUGAAAUAAAUGUGUGCUGAAGUAUUUUUCAAGAUGUCAAAGAAGCUACUGUCAAAACAAGAAAAGGAGACAACUUAGAUGAUAAGUCUUUAAAUAUUAGGUUUGCGAAUAUAGCAUUUUAGAAGUGUGUUAGCCUUUUUUGUGUUGCACAUCUCUUGCUAUUUAAUCUUUAAAACACUUUUUAUGAGACUUAGUGCAAAAUUAGAAGAAUGAGGCAACAUAAUCCUGCAUGUCAUCCUCAGUUUGCUUCCAUUUCUCUUAAAUACUAAGGCUAGAAGUGUGGCUCCUUUAAUUUUAUCUACAGAGUUUGUUUUCAUGCAAUUCUGUGGCUCCACCGUUACUGUGUAAACUAUAAAGUCAGGUUUCCGGGGUGGUAAAAUGAAUGUUUCUAGUGUGUGAGAGAGGAAAACUUAAUCCCUGUGUUCUAUUGUAGCACUUUCAGCUCUAUCAUGUUACCUUAGAUGAACCUAUGACUCUCUCAUACUCUCUUUCUCCUCUUAGCAGUUAUUGGACCUAUUAACAUAUCUCUGUUGAUCCCUAGGAUAACAAUAUUCCAAAAAAAAAAUUUUUUUAUAAAGAUAUUAACACAAAUAGGGAAAGUUUAUAAUUUGAUAAUUACCUAACAGUUUUAAUAUUAUUAUUUAUAUAUUGUUUAAUACAUUGAAAAACAUUUAUACUGAUAUUUUUAAUCUGAGACAGGAAUUUAACCCACAAUAAUUACUUAUUUUACAAAUUCCAUGUUAUUCAAUCCUUUUAGGUACAUUUUAUUUAUUCUGUUGCAUGUAAAAUGUAAGUAACAGGAAUAAAACAAUAACAAUUUGAAGCUGGAACAAAAAAGAACACUAAACCUAAACAGGCUGCUAAUCGCUAACACUGUCGUUGUUUUGAAACUGCUUUAACAAGUUAAGAUUAAAAAUGCUAUGUGAUUCCCAAACAUGCUAGAGGAGUUGUGUUUCAGCAUUUAAAAUGGAUCAGCAUUUUAGAGAAUGAAAUAUCUUUCCUGUAAAGAGUUUCACUACCUGUGGCCUUGAGAUAUUAGCUUAGCUAGCUUAGCACAAAACCUGGAAAAGAGCGGGAAACUGCUAGCUAUGUCCAAAUGUUUCAAAAUCUGCCUUUAAGCAUCUCUAAAUUUAUUUUUACACUUUCUUCUUGUAUUAUAUAUAGUAAAUAGAUGUAAUGUUCUAAGUAUUAAGCUUUAGAGAUGCUAAUAAGUGUAUUUUUUAUUAUAUUUUGGACUUAGCUAAAUUAGCUCCCCCUCAGUGCUAAAAUAUGAGCGUCAGUAUUCUCAUCUCAUCUUGUCUCAUUCUCUGCAUGAGAGCUAAAUAAAUGUGUCUCCCAAAAUGUCAAAGUAGUUUCUAAGCAGGAAUAAAAAUAAAAUUUUCCUCUUAAGACUCACAUUUUCCUUUUCCCAGUGCAAAUACAAGCCCAGUCAGUAUGGUGACACUGAAUUAAAAUCAGUGUUAAAUGAAACACAGGGCUGUUUAGUAUUAUAAUUGCACAGAAGGCUCUGGCAGUGAGUGUGCUGACUGAAUGGAGUCACUCCUAGUUUGUCUGCUGCUCGGCUGCAUCUUCGUAUGCAAUCCUUUCUGAUGGGAUGAACUGCAGCUGUUGGCGCUACAGCUGGGAAGUGUGUUCCUCAUUUCCUUUUCAUUUCUGUGUUUUGUUUUUCGGCUUGUAAAUGCAGCGGGUUGCUUGUUCAAAGAGCCAAAAAUUACCGUGUACAUGUGGUUCUCUUGGGGUUUAUUAUUCUAAUUAUGUUCAUGGCUGUGCUGCACAUGCAUUGGUUGUUUCUGACUUCAGUUGUUUGAGUAAUGAAUAAAACAAUAAUUUUGAGCUGUGAACAAGAAAUCGACAAA